UUAGACAACAAUAACAAAGCAGACGAAUACCGCAAGUGCAAGCAGGUGGAAAGUACAGUAUUGUUUUAUAUUGUAGUAUACUAGGUGUGUUAGGCAGUUGUUAAUUUUAUAUACAGGAAUAAAUCAAGAAAUCAAAGUUCUUAAAGAGAUUUACAAUAGAUGCAACAAUGCCUCCUCCGUCAUCAGUUCACUGGUUCAGGAAAGGCCUCAGAAUACAUGACAAUCCAGCAUUAAUAUCAGCUUUAGAAAAGGAAGGACCAGUUUUUUACCAACUGAGGCCUCUUUUUAUCCUUGAUCCGGAUAUAAAGAAAUUUCUUAGAGUUGGUCCAAAUCGUUGGAGGUUUCUACAACAAUCACUUGAAGAUUUAGAUAACAAUCUUCGUAAAAUUGGUUCAAGACUUUAUGUCCUUCGAGGAAGUCCAGAAAAUGUUUUGAGAGAAAUAUUUACUGAAUGGAAUGUGAAGAGGCUGACAUUUGAGGUUGACAUUGAACCGUACGCUUUGAAACGUGACACUGUCAUUACAAAGUUAGCUGAGGAUGCUGGAGUUGAAGUUGUCAAGAAGGUUUCACAUACAAUUUAUAACACUGAGCUGAUAAUAGCAAAGAAUAUGGGCAAAGCACCCCUGACAAUCCAGAAGUGGAUAUCGGUGGCAGAGAGCCUGCCACCCCCACCAAAGGCAUUGGCAGCUCCUACCAGAGUUCCUCAAGAGGCCAGGGCUCCGUUAGAGGAGGGGAAGUAUUUGGUACCCACCCUAGAAGAGUUGGGGGUUGAUCCUGACGAACUGGGACCCGUCCUCUAUCCUGGCGGGGAGACUGAGGCUCUGCGCCGAAUGGAGGAGCACAUUGCUAGGAAGGAAUACAUAUGUAAGUUUGAGAAGCCAAACACAUCGCCCAACAGUCUGGAGCCUAGCACUACAGUAUUAAGUCCCUAUCUCAAGUUUGGCUGUCUAUCGGCAAGACUCUUCUACUACAAGCUCAAGGAGGUUGUAAGUGGCCGGCCACACAGCAAACCACCUGUGUCUCUGAUUGGUCAGAUGUACUGGCGGGAGUUUUACUACACUGUGGCCUCAACGACACCCAACUUCGAUAAGAUGGUUGGUAACCCUGUCUGUAUACAAGUGCCUUGGAACAAGAACCCUCAGUAUUUAGAGGCGUGGACACAUGGAAAAACAGGAUAUCCCUUCAUCGAUGCCAUCAUGAGACAGCUGCGCCAGGAGGGCUGGAUACAUCAUCUGGCCAGACAUGCCGUGGCAUGCUUCCUGACUCGUGGUGACAUGUGGCAGUCUUGGGAAGAUGGUCAGAAGGUGUUUGAAGAACUGCUGCUGGAUGCCGAUUGGGCUCUCAAUGCGGGCAACUGGAUGUGGCUCUCGGCAUCAGCGUUCUUCAGCCAGUUCUACCGAGUGUACAGCCCCGUCGCGUUUGGAAAGAAAACAGACAAGUUGGGCGACUACAUCAGGAAGUACGUGCCGGAAGUAAGGAAAUUGCCACCAGAGUACAUCUAUGAGCCUUGGGAGGCCCCGCUGUCGGUUCAGAAGCAAGCAAAGUGUGUGGUGGGGACGGAUUAUCCUCGACGGGUGGUCAUACACGAGGAGGUAUACAAGAACAACAUUGGCCGUAUGUCCGCUGCUUACAAACAGACCAAGGAAAGCAAGGUGGCUGCUGAGAAAAGCUCAAAACGCCCCUCAUCACAAAAUGAUUCUUCUCCAAACAAGAAGGCCAAAACUAAGACUCUGAAGGAUUUCUUCAAGAAAUAAACACAAACUCAUGUCAUCAACAUCACAAGUUUGCUCAAGAAUCUAGGUUAUGUUUCAUCACAUCGUGCAAUCAUAUAAAUUACGUAGUUGAGAACGUAAUAAACAUAUGAGUAUAUUUUUCACAUCGAAUGACCAAAGCGCAUCAACACCAAUAUUACUAUAAUUAAACAAUUACGAGAUAUAUGUUUAUGGUUGUAUACAAUGACAGUAAAUGUUGACAUUAAAAUCAGCUGAGCUUAAAACAUGCUUGUUACAUGGCAAUGGUAAAAAUUAAAUACAUUUUAAUUUUUAGUUUAAGACAUGUUCAAUGCAAAUUCAAACACAUUUUGCAAUGUAGAACAAGUGUGUUUUCUGGAAUAAGAGAACAUUAAAUGUUCAAUUUUGAAUGAAACCUGUUCCUUAACUUACACAAUAUUUAUUAUACGAGGGGUAUUAGAAAAAUAAGGUUCCCAUGAUUUUUUUAAAUAGACAGCUCUAUAUUUCUACUUGGUGUUAUACAUCAAUUUAACACGUAAAAGUUAAGCU